CAGAGACAAAAGCGAGAGCGAAAGAGAGACGAAAGAAAAGGAGAGCGAGUAGACGGGUCCACGUCUGCCUUGGCCAAGUAUUUCUCGCCAUGUCCUCAAAUUUCUUCCGAGGAACUACGGCAGAACAAGACAGUCGUUGGGGCGAUGCAGAGAAGAAGCUUCUGCGCCGAACGAAGUUUAGCAAAGUAUUGGAACAGAAGGUCAACAUGAAGAAGGUCAAUAUGGACGUGAUGCAGCGAUGGAUCGCUCAGCGGAUAACGUCGCUACUCGGAUUUGAGGACGACAUUGUGGUGGGCACGUGCGUCAACUACCUGUCGGAGGAGGGGAAGCUGGACCCGAAGAAGCUACAGCUGCAGCUUACAGGAUUCCUGGAGAAAUCCACUGGGAUGUUCAUGGAAGAGCUUUGGGGACUCUUGGUGGACGCUCAAAGUAGCCUAGGGGGGAUUCCGUCAGCAUUUCUUCAGGACAAGAAGCAAGAACUACUCCAAAAGAAGGAACAGGAGGCCAAGCAAGAAGAGGAGUUACGCAGGAGAAUGGUGGAACAUCAGCAGGAGCUGGAACGGACAGCCGCGUUAGCACAGGCGCAUGCACCAACGGAACAAGAUGCUAGCUCGAGCGCUGCACCAAUCCUGACUCGCCCGGGCAAAAGGCGCGCGAGCCGUUGGGGUGUUUCUCAAGUCAAUGUCGGGACAGCACCAGACAAGUCGACCCCAGAUGCGGAAAAUGUCGUUGUCACAGGCAAUGAUGCUCCUGCUGCCGUCGGUGGCGACUCUGAAAUGCACAACGGCGAUCGAAGUCCCUCCGACAUAUCCAGCAGUCGACAUGACGAUGGAGAUCGUCGAAAGGAAAAGCGGAAGUCUAAGAAGAGUAGGCACGGCAAAAAAUCUGACCGUAAGAAGCACCGACGGUCCAGGAAGACUGAGGCGCCUGAAAGAAGCGGCGACGAAGGCACCUCAAGCGAAGAAGACGAACAGGGUGACAAGUCUGCGGUGGACGUUGAAGAGGCCCUCAGACAGAGGCUCCUAGCGUCUAAGAAGGAAAGACACACUCAGGGAGAUGAUUGAAAUGCGCCCAAAUCAUGGAAGUUUCAGCAAGAACGAGGUGCCUUCUGCGAGAGAAAACCUCAUCACCUUGAGUAUCACCACCCAAAGACGACUUCCGAUCUCCCUACCGUAGCUCCGCAUCCAAACGGCUAGUGAUGUAGCCGCGCACAGCUUCUUGUAGCCGAUCUACCUCCUCGUUCGUUAGUGAUCGAUCCAUCGACCGGUACGUAAUGCGAAAGCAUCUGCUUUUCCGCUGGGUCUUCGGGUGGGUGAAGUCGUCCAGCAAUCGGAUCUGAAGCGGUCAGGAGUAAUUUUUACAGGCAACAAUUCAGGUGUGGUCGAACUCAGCUCUUUUUUGCUACUCUAGGACAUUUUCUUGGCUGGCUUCGC